AUCGUGGGUUAGUUUCAUAAGUGUGCCGGAAGAGACACUGAGGAGGACUGUGAGUCUGUCAUUCACGAGCUUUACAAUGACCAGAUCUGCAUUGCGCAAUUUCAAAAGAAAUGAGCGUCUGUGAUGCUACGAUUCACGGGUCUGGCUGCACGUCCCCUGGCCUGCUCCUGGAAGAGGAAUCCUCUGUCUACUAAACAACACGAGUCCCAUUGCAAACCCUGGUGGCAUCAGCGCGCGCGCCCCCAUGCCAGCUGCGCAGUUUCUCCGGAGCGCGCAUGGCAUCACCUGCGCAGACCGUCUGCGCAAUACAGACGCUACAGUAAAGAUGCAGGCAGGGACUCUGAGGACAGUGAGCAUCCUGGCAUCACAGUGGUGGGGAGCCCGGAUCCCAUCACGUGGAUCAGGAAUAAGUGCAUCUUGUUUUUAAUUGAACUGUAUUUUGGCUUGAAGUUCAGUGUGGAGUUUGACAGCGGUGUGAAACAGGCGGUGGUGCACGUGUCCGCUCUGCUGUCCACUGGCAGGUUUGAGGAGCUGAGAACUGUGAUGUCCAGAAAGGCUAUUGAAAGUGUCAGAAAGAAAUGUACAAGUCUGUCAGAGGCCCAAAAAAGACAUCUUGCAAUUUCCCUUGAUGACAUGAUAUUUCUGCUGCCUGAGGACGUUUCCAUAUUCUUCGACCAAACCGGCAGUAAGUUUGUUUACAUCACGAUGAGGCUUUGGUACCUGUCCAGCGCAGACGUCCCCGAGGACCCCGAGAGCACACGAAUCUUCAAGAUGGAUUUAACUGGAGAAGAUGGCCCUCAAAAAAAGAUCAUCACAGCUGUGUACGAGUUUCAUCUCGAGUUGAAUGCUGGAGCUGAUCCAGAUUGGACGGUGACACGGAUAUGGCACUGGAAGCAACUGGAGUAAAAAAGCGAGACUUUCUGGACAACAUCAUUGACUUCAUCGGACUUGACCUUAUUUACACCUUA